AUGGCACCGCUGCUGAGUCCAUCAGUGGAAGGAGAGGAACUAUAUUUGUACCUAGCGGUAACCCCACAUGCAGUGAGCUCAGCAUUGAUAAGAGAGGAAGAUAAAGUACAAAGACCUGUGUAUUAUACAAGCAAGGCAUUGAAAGGAGCGGAAGGACGAUAUCCACAAAUGGAGAAGUUGGCCUUCGCACUAAUCACAGCUUCAAGGAAGCUGAGGCAUUAUUUCCAAGCACAUGUCAUUAAUGUUAUGACAGAUCAUCCUCUCAAAAAGGCAAUGAAUAGACUGGAUGCUGCAGGACGAUUAAUCCAGUGGGCUGUGGAGCUAAGUGAGUUUGAUAUCAGAUAUCAACCAAGGCAUGCCAUAAAAGCUCAAGCCCUAGCAGAUUUUAUUGCAGAGUUUACCCCAAGUCAUAACGAGGCAGAGGACAGCAAGAGAUGGAUCGUCCACGUGGAUGGUUCGUCUACACGGCAUGCAGGAGGAAUUGGGCUAGAAUUGGCGAAGUCCGUGGAAGCCAAGUCCAUACGUGUCAUGGGAGAUUCCCAACUGAUCAUGGGGCAAGUGAAUGGGAUGUAUGAAGCGAAGGAAGGACGAAUGAAGAAAUACCUUGGUAGGGUGAUGCGCCUUGUGAAAAGGUUUGAAAAAGCUGACUUCGUUCAAAUCCCCAGGGAGGAGAACGUGGAAGCUGAUACUAUAGCAAAAGAGGCCUCAGCAGAUGAAUCAUUAGAGAAGUCAGAUGAAGUUCAGUAUAUGCCAAGUAUAGAUGCCCAGGAAGUACAGCAGGUAGAUAACAAAGAAGAUUGGAUGACUCCCAUUAUAUCAUAUUUGAAAGAUGGACGACUACCAGAAGAAAAGGACGAAGCCAGAAAGGUGAGGGUGAGAUCAGCUAGAUACGUCCUUAUGAAUGAAGUGCUAUACAAGAGAGGUUUCUCUCAACCUUACCUUAGGUGCCUAGCUCCAGACGAAGCAAACUACGUGCUGAGAGAAGUUCACGAAGGGGCCUGUGGCAAUCACUCAGGAGCCAGAUCACUUGUCCACAAGAUCGUCCGUGCAGGAUAUUACUGGCCGAACAUGCAAGCUGAUGCAAAAGCAUAUGUUAAAGUCUGCGACCAAUGCCAGCGAUUUAGCAAUGUCCCCAGGCAACCGUCGGAAUACCUCACCCCAAUGGUAGCACCGUGGCCCUUCGCACAAUGGGGAUUGGAUAUCUUGGGUCCCUUCCCUUUGGGAGUAAGGCAGAUGAAGUUUUUAGUUGUGGGCAUCGAUUACUUCACCAAAUGGAUUUGGAGUGCCGAGGGUAUUGGUGUCUGA